AUGAAAGGACCUCAUAAUUCUAUCCCUUUUGUUGACCAGGGGAAACAAAGCAUUUCACUUGAACCUGGGGGUCAAUUUGAGCUUAGUGGUGCACCUCUUGAGACUUUGCAUCAAACAUGUGCUGAAGUCAAUUCACACCUUUAUCAGGUAAAAGCUGUCGCUGAGGAAAUGGGAAUUGGUUUCUUAGGAAUUGGUUUCCAGCCCAAAUUGGUUUCCAACCCAUCAUGCCAAAGAUGUGACAUAUUGAGAAACUGCAUGCCCAAAGUUUGUUUCCUUGGACUUGAUAUGAUGCUUCAAACGUGUAUUUUUCAGGUUAAUCUGGAUUUUAGCUCAGAAGAUGUUAUGAUCAGGAAGUUUCGUGCUGCAAUGGCUUUAUUUGCAAAUUCCCCUUUUACUGAAGGAAGGCCAAACGGGUUUCUCAGCAUGAGAAGCUUUGCUAAUACUUACUUGUACUACUCUGUCUUUUGGCUCUUCUCUGGUUGGUAUAGGUUUGUGCAGUAUGUUGACCAUGCACUUGAUGUCCCUAUGUACUUUGCCUACAGAAACAAGAAAUACAUAGACUGUACUGGAAUGACAUUUAGUUUCUUCAUCUUGCAGCAAUUUUUGGCUGGAAAGCUUCCUUGUCUCCCCGGUGAACUACCGACAUAUAAUGAUUGGGAAAAUCAUAUGACUACACUAUUCCCAGAGGUUCGGUUGAAGAGAUAUUUGGAGAUGAGAGGUGCGGAUGGAGGUCCCUGGAGGAGACUCUGCGCCCUUCCAGCUUUCUGGGUUCCAGUAACUGGUUUAAAGACUCCAUUUAGAGACGGUUUGUUGAAGCAUGUCGCUGAAGAUGUCCUGAAACUCGCCAAGGAUGGUUUAGAGUGUAGAGGCUACAAGGAAGCUGGUUUCUUGAACGCUGUCGCUGAAGUGGCCAGAACAGGAGUUACACAUGCGGAGAAUCUCUUGGAAAUGUACAAUGGAGAAUGGGGACAAAGCGUAGAUCCUGUGUUCCAGGAACUGCUCUACUAA